GGUGGCCGCGGCGGCUCAGUCAGGUCAGCGCCAUGGUGUCAGCGGCAGCAGCAGGCGCGCUCUGCGCAGUGACGGUGACGAUGUUGCUACCGCCUCCCUGCGCCGCCUUCGUGGGCCGGGGAGAGGUGCAGCUGCCAGCACAGGUUCAGUGCCCCUCGGCGAUGUACUCGGACCCCGACACGCCGCAGCUCAAGGUCACACACCUGUGCGUGCCGACGCGCCGGCGAGGAUGUGUUCCGGGCACCAGCUGGAGGGAGCGCUGUGCCACCUGCUCGUGCCCCUCCCAGAGUUCCGGGCCGUCAGAGGCGGUCUGCCAGGACACCGACUGCCAGGAGGACCCCGCACUGGACUGGGGUGACACCAGGCUGUGCGGCCGCUGGUCCGCCGACUGUCCCGCCGGCUGCCGGUUCGCCCUCCGCGACUGGCGCUGCACCUACUGUAACUGUGCAGCCCCGCCGACACCGGCCGCGGAGACCACAGCAGCGACCCUCGGCGCCGGCUGCGCCCCCGGUACCGGCCCAGCCUGGCUCUGCAGCCAGACCAUCCGCGUCACCGACCGCAGAGCGCCGCCCAGCGGCCGCCAGGACAACUCGAGACGCGGCUCCCCGUCGCCAGAGGCGCUGACCACGCUGACUCGCGCGGCCCGCGGCAGCGACGGCGGCUGGACGAGCAUCAAGCAGGCGGGUAGGAUGGCCAGGGCCCGGGCCAGCGCCCGUGGAGCACGGGACGAGUCACACGGGGCCACAGAAGGGGGAAGGCACAGGUCAUCAGCCUUGUGGACGGCUGGUGGGCACCGGCUGUGACAGGGAACGUCUGUGCCAGAGGCCAAUGGCAGGAUUGUCCUUCCGCUUCGCGUUUUAGUCUUGCUUUGGUAUGCGUUCAUUUGUUGCUGGUCACUGAGGUAGGAGCUCUAUUUAAGAAACCAGCGCGCGAGCGAGGCAGCUCUGUGGGCGAGCGUGCACGGCACCCCACUGCUCCAAUGCAUACACAAGGUGCAGGGCAAAGGCUGUGCAAAUGUGCAUCAGAUUGUUGAAUAAAUUAUGUCCCAGCAACUGCUUAAAUUAAGAGACAUGCUCCUUCGAAAUCACACUUGCAGCACACUGCCACUGUCACCUGCUAAAAAAGGAAACUGAAUUGUAUAAAAACGGGCUAACUGGCGGCACUGCGCCAUAGCGUAUGGGCCAGAA